AAAUAACGCUUCUCGUCUUCUAAAACCCUAGUAUCCGCUACGGAGGAGUCCCCAGCGAGCCGAACAGGAUAUCUUUCUCUUCUGGGCCGUAGUGAGAGAUUACAUCGCAGACAAUGAAGUUUAAUAUCGCAAAUCCGACCACCGGGUGCCAGAAGAAGCUCGAAAUCGACGAUGACCAGAAGCUUCGGGCAUUUUUUGACAAGAGGAUCUCACAAGAAGUCAGUGGAGAUGCUCUGGGAGAGGAAUUUAAGGGUUAUGUUAAGAUUAUGGGAGGUUGUGACAAGCAGGGCUUUCCCAUGAAGCAGGGUGUUCUCACCCCUGGCCGUGUUCGCCUUUUGCUUCACAGAGGUACCCCUUGCUUCCGGGGAUAUGGCAGGAGAAAUGGUGAGCGCAGGAGGAAGUCUGUUCGUGGAUGUAUUGUCAGUCCAGAUCUCUCUGUUUUGAACUUGGUUAUUGUGAAGAAGGGUGAAAAUGAUCUCCCUGGCCUCACUGACACUGAGAAGCCUAGAAUGAGAGGGCCAAAAAGAGCAUCAAAGAUCCGCAAACUUUUUAACCUCUCAAAGGAGGAUGAUGUUCGGAAGUAUGUCAACACAUACCGCAGAACCUUUACAACCAAGUCUGGUAAGAAGGUGAGCAAAGCUCCUAAAAUUCAGAGGCUUGUGACACCAUUGACUUUGCAAAGGAAGAGGGCUAGAAUUUCAGAGAAGAAGAAGAGAAUUGCCAAGGCCAAAGCUGAAGCAGCUGAAUAUCAGAAGCUCCUGGCCUCUAGGUUGAAAGAGCAGCGUGAACGCCGUAGCGAGAGCUUGGCAAAGAAGAGAUCUAGGCUUUCUGCUGCCACCAAGCCAUCAAGCACUGCUUAAACUGGAUUUCAGCAAGCUGUCGCCUAUGAUAUUAAAAUUAUAGGUAAUUUUGUUUGUUUCUUCAACCCUAGAGAUCUCAUUUCAAUGUUUCUCCAUUAUGGUUGCCACCAUGAUUAGACAUUUUAUAUAUUAAGAACCAAAUUGCUGUAGUACUUUUGAGGUUUUGUUAACCUACUAUUUCAUUUGACGAUGGUAAAUUGAAAUUCAUUUGGUAAUG